AUGAAGGAGCACCAGGAAAGGGUAGACAAAAUACCUGGUGCCCCCAAAUUGCUGCCAAAAUGCGAUGUGGGCCGAUUCAUUGAACAACCAUAUAGCGAUGGAGCCGCUCCUCACCCCAUUCCGAAAACCUUCAAGAUGCCACCAUACUUGAAAAUCUACGACGGAACUACGGACCCCGAGGAUCAUCUGAUCCAUUAUGUCACUGCGGUAAAAGGUAACGAUCUGUCGAAGGAACAAGUACCAUCCGUACUGCUGAAAAAGUUUGGCGAGACCCUGAAAGGAGGGGCCUUGACGUGGUAUUCAAAGCUACCGACACGAUCUAUAUCAACGUUUGAGGAAAUGGCGGAUAAAUUCGCUACCGCUCACGCAGGAGCGAAGAAAGCUGAAGCCAGGGUCAAAAAUAUUUUCGCAAUCAGGCAAACGGCAGGUGAGGGACUUUGGGACUUCCUCGCCCGAUUCAACAGGGUAAGAAUGAGCCUACCGAACGUAUCCGAAGGAAUGGCGGUAGCAGCCUUUCAGAACGGAUUAAACAGGAACGGAUCCAAAGCGACCAAGAAGUUGCUUAGCAGGCUCAUGAAAUAUCCCCCCACCACAUGGGAAGAAAUCCACAAUGACUAUUGCGCCGAGGUGAGGGCAGACGAAGACGAUCUGAAUGGCCCGAUUCAAAGACUAACGUUAGUACAGACCGAGGCGAGGAAAGAUCGACGUAACGAGGGGCGAAGGGAUCAACCCCCGCGUUUCAAUCAAGAAAGGCAUCAGCCUUAUGUCAGAACAUCUAACCCGCCUCCUCCAAGGCAUACAGAUGCCAUGAUACGACACACCGCUCCCCUUCAAAACGAAAGAGAUAGUGUACGCACUGGAGAAGUUGGGCAGGUGCAAUGGCCACAAAAAAUGAAAUCGGACCCAAGCGCGAGAAGGUCGAACGUCCUCUGCGAAUUCCAUCAGGAAAGAGGACACAAGACCGAAGAUUGCAUAGGCCUACGACAGAAAGUGGUCAGGAUGCUGAACCAGGGGUAUCUGAAAGAACUGCUCAGCGAUAAAGGAAGGGCCAACUUCGCUAGAGGACGAGACCCAUCUCAAGGACCCCCAAAGCCACCAUCACCGGCGCGUACCAUACAGAUGAUCAUCGGUGGUGGCGACGACUCGAUAAUCAACCAUGUGAAGUUCACCACCACGCACAAACUCAAACGGUCGGUCGCCCACGAACGGUAUAAUGACUUCGAAGACAGUAUCAUAUUUGAAAAGUCAGAUGUCGACGGUUUGUCUUUCCCUCAUUAUGAUGCUUUAGUUAUAACAUUACGCAUCGCUGAUACAGAUGUAAUGUGUAUAGACUUCACCGAUCUGAAUAAAGCGUGCCCCAAAGAUUCCUUCCCGCUACCCCAUAUCGACCAACUGAUUGAUGCGACAGCAGGGCACGAACUGCUGAGUUUUUUAGAUGCCUACUCCAGUUACAACCAAAUUCUAAUGGCCAAAGAAGAUCAGGAAAAAAUGACUUUCAUCACUCAACAAGGAACUUACUGCUAUAAAGUGAUGCCGUUCGGACUCAAGAAUGCGAGGGCCACUUACCAGAGGUUAGUCACCAAAAUGUUCAAGGAAUAG